CGUACUUUAUUCUCAUCUGUAUAGUUGCAAUACAGUAAAGUAAAAUGUCUGACAACUUUGAACACAUAAAAAAGCCAUUGGCAAAGAUAACGGAUCAAACAUACGGAUCCAAGAAGUUGGUCGAGUUCACAAAAAAUGAAUUUUCGCCCAGGCAAGUUUUUAAAGUCGGCGACAAUGUAUAUUCGGCAGUUGGUUGGGCGCUUGCAAACUCGAUCAUGAUCGAAGGCAAGGAUGGUAUCAUCAUAAUAGAUACGACGGAAAGUAUGCAGAGCAUGCAAGAAAUAAUGGUUGAAUUUAGAAAAAUUACUUCGAAACCUGUGAAAGCAAUCAUUUACACUCAUUUCCACGGAGAUCAUCAUAUUGGAACACAUUAUGUUAUCGAUCGACAGAAAACUGAGUUCCCCGACAUUAAUAUUGAAAUAUAUGGACACGAAACAACAGCGGAAUUAUAUUUUGAUACAGUGCUGACAAGGGAAAUUGGACAUGCAAGAUCAACAAGACAAUUUGCGAUAUUGCACAACGAUGUACCGAAUACUGGAAAAGGCAUUGGGCCGUUUGGAUCUCACCAUCCACAAGAUGGACUUAAUAUUUACAUGCCAACUAGAACGUUUUCUGACAAAGCUAAAUACAGUGUUGCAGGCAUUGAAUUUGAACUCAUACACACACCUGGAGAAACCCCUGAUCAAAUCACAGUAUGGCUGCCAAAGGAAGAAGUUGCAAUGCCGGGUGACAACAUUUAUAAAACCUUUCCUAAUCUAUAUGCAAUCAGAGGCUCGCCUCCGCGAAAUGUGAGAAUGUGGUAUCAAAGUCUAGACAAAACCAGAGUUCUGAAGGCGAAAUAUCUUGUGGGAUCCCAUACCAGACCAGUUAUCGGAAAAGAUGAAGUUUAUGAAACCUUGACGGUGUACAGAGAUGCAAUAAAAUACAUUCAUGACCAAACAUUACGGCUCAUCAACAAAGGCUAUUAUCCUGGGCAAAUCGUUGCUAGUGUCAAACUACCCGACUUAGUCGCUCAACAUCCGUUCUUGCAAGAACACUACGGCACUGUCGAAUGGUCCGUGAAUAGCGUUUUCAAUGAUUACCUUGGGUGGUUCAGUGGAAAUCCGCAAGAUUUGCACCCGAUGAAUGAAAAUGAGCGUGCUACACGGAUGGCUAGGUUAAUAACGUAUGCUCAAAGUCAACAAAUCUGCGCGGCGGAAGUAAUGCUACGUGAAGCUGAAAUAUCUCACAAAAAAUCGUAUGAGCAUUAUUUGUCAAAGGGGAAGUAUCUUGUGACUGAAGACAAAUGGGCUUUGGAACUAGUUGAUACCGUACUUCAGCUCGGUAGCUUAGAAGAAGCUCUCAGCAACACAGCUCGACAAGUGAAAAUAAGUGCACUUAGAGCACUAGGCGUUGAAGAAAUAAGCGCAAAUGGCAGAAAUUAUUACUUGACCUGUGCAUUGGAAUUAGAAUCGAACAUUUCGCUGGAUCAAACGAAAAAGGCCAUUUCCAUAACAAUAAAAAGGACCCCCAUUGAGAAAGUCCUUGAAAUGUUCAGUCUCAAAGUAAAAGGUUUGGAAUGUCAGCAUCAAAAAUAUACGAUUGGUCUCACAUUUUUAGAUCUGGAUAAAGAUUUCAUAUUGACCCUACGGAAUAGUGUAUGUGACGUCAUUGAAGCAGGUACGGAAGAUGAAAAUCCACAAGUCCGGCUGACAAUGAGGUCUGAUGUGUACAAAUCAAUAAUGAAUGAAAACAAAAAUUGGGAGGAAGAAGUCAAGGCUGGAAACGUUACAGUAGCGAGCGGAGCAUUGGAAACCUACAUGAAAUUUUUAAAAUGCUUCGACCCCCUCAACUAUGAUUGAUACUUUGAGAUUGGAAAACACAACAAACAAUUUUUAUAAUUUCUCUAUGAAGUGGAAAAAUAUGAUCUAAUAACAAAAUCAAUCACCGCAUACUAUUCAUAUAUAUAACCUCUAAUUACUGAAGACUAAGUGAUAUUGGCAUGAAUUCAUAUCAUCAUACAACGCGAUUUAUCAUAUAAGAUUAUGUUUAAUUUUUGGAUAACAUCAUUCAAUCAUUAGAAAGUAUAUUAUCAGAUCAGUAACAAGAGAGCUAUGCUCAAAUAUAUGGACACGUAGCGCCACCUAAUGGCAAUAAUUUUGAUGACGUCAUA